AUGAGUGCGCAACUCGCCCAGCUCCAAGAGGACCGGGGCCAAUACCAGGAACAGCUCGACCUCGUCGUCAGCUCGCUGAAUGAUGACCCCGGCAACGAUGAGCUUCUCGCGCUCAAGGCCGAGCUGGAGUCGGCACUCGAGAUCAUCGACGCGUCCAUUUCGGAGCUGAAACCAGAGCACCGCAAAAAGGCGGCAACCCCAGCAGCAGCCGAGACACCAACGGCACCAUCGGCGACAGCAGCAGAAGCAGCAGCAACAACUACAACAUCAAAAGCGUCAGCAACAACACACGACGACGCGCCGGUUGUGUACAAGGUCAACGAGAGCAUCCUGGCGCGCUGGGUGACGGGCGAUAAGGGCUUCUACCCGGCGCGCAUCAUGUCCGUGACGGGGUCGGCGACGGCACCCAUGUACACAGUCAAGUUCAAGUCGUACGACACGAUUGAGACGCUGCGGGCGCGCGACAUUCGGCCCCUUGCGCCGGCAAACAGCAGCAGCAGCGCCACGUCGUCAGCAGCGACAAAGCGCAAGGCCGACGGCAGCAGUGCGACACCCUUAUCGCCGUCGACGUCGACACCAACACCGCCCCCUCCCUCCUCCUCCUCCUCCUCCUCCGCCCUCUUCUUUGUCGGCACCCUCUGUAUCGGCACCACCCCAGCCGCCACAGCCUCCACAUCUCCAUGGUCUGCCGCCACCGCCACCUCCACCUCCACCACCGCCAUCGCACCCGGUGUCGUCUCGUCCGCAUCGCCCCAGCUGUACACACAACCGCCGCAACGGCAACAGCAGCAGCACCAGCAAUGGCCAUCCGGCAGUGUAGCCAAUGUCAACAGCACCGGCGGCAGUAGCAGCGCAGCAAGCGGCAGUACCGCCACAAACGCCACGCCGCUCGGCGAGGAGCCGCCUGUCAAGAAGUUCAAGAAGAUCAAGGCCACGAAGCAGCUCGAGGCCGGCAAGAGCAAGUGGCAGGAGUUCAGCAGCAAGGGCAAGACGGGCAAGCCAGGCAACAAGAAGGACAGCAUGUUCCGGACGCCCGACGGGCCACAAGGACGAGUCGGAUUCAUUGGCUCUGGACAGGCCAUGCGUAAAGAUGUCACGAGAAGUCGACACAUCUACCAGACCAAUGAUGAUGUGGACUAA